UCGGCGGCCGGUGUGUUUUCGGCAGCAUGAGUAGAUGUGAGAAGUGAAUUCACUGUCACUAUCCGUGAAUUUAUCCUCUGAUCUUGAUGCAGAGGUCAUUUUCUCUUUAAAAUGCACCAACGACAUCUGCCAGCGUCUCCAAACUGGUACUGUUCACGUUGCAGUGACUUAAAUGGAAAGGGAGUGCUGGGUUUUGGAGCAAAGAAUACAAUCUAUCUGCUAAAUGUGACUGCAGUAUCUCCAGCAGUAACAGGUGAACUCACUGGGCACACUGAAAGAGUUUCUGGUUUUGUAUUUUGCUCCCAUGAUGGACAAGAACACAUUUGUGCUAGCACUUCAGAUGAUAAGACAGUCAAAAUCUGGGAUGCUGAGCAGAAAAUUCUGUUGAAAGAGCACAAUGUCCACCAAAGCACCAUCUCUGCAGUCCACUGGUCUCCGGUGCAGAAACUUCUUCUAGUCACUGGAGAUGAAAAGGGCAUUGUGGUGUGCUAUUGGUUUAGCAGUAAUGACACCCAGAGCUUCUUCCCCGAACCUCGAACAAUCUUCUGCUUAUCCUGCUCUCCACAUGAGGAAAACUACAUCGCAGUGGGGUAUAAGGAUGGAAUGAUAGUAGUGAUAGACAUCAGUAAGAAAGGGGAGGUAAUCCAUCGGCUGAGGGGGCAUGAUGAUGAGAUUCACGCAUUGGCAUGGUGCCCUCAACCCAGAGAAGAGCCUCUAUAUUGGCGAUCAGAAGACAACACGGAUGGAAGCAAUGGGGUGACAGAAGGAGCAGAAAUGGGGUAUUACCUGGCAUCAGGUAGUCGAGAUCAAACUGUGCGAAUAUGGUGCACAGCCAGAGGAAAAGGUGUAAUGACCUUGAAGCUUCCCUUCCUGAAGAGACGAGGAGCAGGAGUUGAUACAGCAGUGAAGGAAAGACUCUGGCUGACUGUCCACUGGCCUAAGGGGAGACCUUCACAGAUUGUGUCCAGCUGUUUCGGCGGUGAGAUCAUAAUGUGGGAUCUCAAGAAGUCAGGCAAGCAGAAGUGGAGUCUGCUGGGCAGUUCCUCAGAUGGACAGAAUCACAGCCGUAUCGUCUUUAACAUGAGCUCGUUUCACUCUGGGGACAGAGAACUUCUGCUCAGUACCUCAAUGGACAGAGAGAUUAAGUGUUGGGACCUGGCAUCUCUGGAAUGCUGUUGGACUCUGCCCACUCUGGGUGGGUUUGUGUACUGUCUCAGCUUUUCUCCAGUUGGCACCGGCUGCCUGGCUCUAGGCAUCGGGGACAGCAUGAUCCGGGUGUGGAACACCCUGUCUAUUCAGAACCAAUAUGACAUCAAGACAUUCUGGCAAGGGGUCAAAUCUAAAGUCACAGCCCUGGCAUGGCAUCCACUAAAAGAGGGCUCUCUGGCAUUUGGUACAGAUGACGGUAAAGUGGGCAUCUAUGAGGUUUACUCUAACAAGCCGCCUCAAAUAUCAAGCACUUACCACCACAGAACCGUCUACUCCCUCUCAUGGGGCCCUCCUGUGCCGCCCAUGUCUUUUGGGGGAUCAGGAGACAAGCCGUCCUACAGCUUAUACAGCUGUGCCGGAGAGGGGGUCAUCUUCCAGCACGACCCCUGGAAACUCUCAGGGGAGGCCAGUAACAUUGACAAACUCAUCCGAGACACUAACAACAUCAAACACAAGACCCCCCCCCAUACAGACCUCAGCUGGAAGCCGGACAGCAGUGUUUUGGCCAUUGGAAAUGAAGAUGGGUCCAUAGAGGUAUUGAAGGCUCCCAUGCUGAAGCUCUUGUGCACAGUGCAGCAGCAUCAUAAGAUUAUUAAUUCACUGCGUUGGCAUCAUGAACACUCCUCUCAGAAUGAGCUGCAGUAUCUGCUGGCGUCUGGCUCCAGUAAUGCCAUAGUCUAUGUCCAUGACCUAAAGAGCGUCAUUGAAACUCCAUCAGAGAGUCCAGUGCUGAUGACUGAACCUUUUAGAACUCUCUCUGGUCACACCAACAAAAUCACCAGCCUAACCUGGAGCCCCCAUCACGAUGGCCGUCUGGUGACAGUGAGUUAUGAUGGAACUGCUCAGGUGUGGGAUGUGCUGAAAGAGGAGCCGGUGUGUAACUACAGGGGUCACUCAGGCCGACUACUGUGCGUGCAGUGGUCCACUGUUCACCCAGACCUAGUCUGGACCGGUGGAGAUGACUUCACCCUCCAUGAAUGGGCCGUAUCCAAGCAGGAACACGUCACACCUCCGAAGACUAAGAAACGUGUUGAGAUGGGGAAAAAGAGAGGACCGCAGAAAAAGUCCAAGAAGAAAAAGAAGGCACCAGAAAAAGGAGGGAUGAAGGCAGAAGAAAGGGAAUUGCCUUUAGGUGAAGAAAUUAAAGGAGCAGCAGGCAGUGGAGCAGAAGAGGGCCAAUCAGACAAUGACGAGGAGGAAGAGGAGAGGGAGAACACAGACGGUCCAUCCGUCACGGGCUGGUCCAGAGAGAGCAGUGUGGACACACGUGGCACUGAGAGGGUUCAGAAUGGAGAAAAGUUCAGUCAUGCAGUUAAAAGGGAGGUCAAAGAGGAAAAGAAAAGAGAGAAACCAGAUCUGUCUUUAAAAAAGAGAAAGCCACGCUCUGACAGAAUGAGAAGAAACAAGUAGUUACAAUGUACAUAGCGUAUUUCCUUUCCCUUCUGGUUCUCAGGGCAAAGCGGAGCAUGUGUUCCAGGAUCUGCAGAUCAUAUUCAGCUUGGCCUGUUCACAGACAGGGAUGCCCUCUACAGGAUGUUUCAGGAGGAAGAGGAGAGCCACGUGGAGGCUGGUCAUUAUGACUCAAUGGUGUAUCUGAGGCUGUGGAAAGGAGAUCUGAUUGGAGCAAUAAAUCUUGCUGCAGAGAAAGGAGAACUGACUGACCAUCUCCUCAGUUUAGCUCCAAUGGCUGGCUAUCAAGUGUGGGCCAGGACUGUAGAGGCAUAUGUGAAGCAGCUCUGCCACCACGAGCAGUUCCUCAAAGCAGCAUCACAUCUCGUCUCCAUCCAUAAACUCUAUGAGGCCAUCAACCUUCUGAAGAGCCACCAGUUCUACCGGGAGGCCAUAGCUUUAGCAAGAGCCAGACUCCAGCCGGAGGACCCUGUGCUGAAAGAUCUCUACAUGAGCUGGGCUGCAGUGCUUGAAAAGGAUGGCCAUUAUGCUGCUGCAGCAAAAUGUUACCUUGCCGCAGACUCGAGCUUUGAUGCAGCUAAAGUGAUUGCCAAGAAGGGGGACGUGAUAUCUCUUAGGACGGCGGCUAAUCUGGCGCAGAUAUCAGGAGAAAGUGAGCUUGCACAUUCUCUCUCUCUGAGGUGCGCCAAAGACUUGAUGCUCUUCCAGGACUGGGCUGCAGCACAGAAAGUCCUGAGGAUGCAAGACUCACUUUUGGGUCACAGACUGGUGUUUUGUGUUAAUGAGAUCCUCACUCAAAGACUGGCAGAUACAGAUGUGGUCACCUGGAGUGUGGCUUCUUCACACACCUGGUCUAAGUCCUGUGAUGAGAACUUCCUCUCCACGGUGCACAGAGUGUGGCAGAGUGAGUUUGGAGUGGCGGCUGCUGACCUGGUCAAAGUGAAAACGCUCCAUCAACAGCUGAGAGCCACUGAUAAUCCUCCUGCCACCACUAGUGUUCCUCUGAAGCAACUCUUAUUUCACAUCUCAUUGGACGUGACACUGUGUGCUUUGAGUCAGCUGUUGUGUGAUUGGCCAUCUGUUCUAGAAGAUCUGCUGCGAGCUCUUACUCGAGGUUCUGAGGUGGGACACUUUACACUAAUGACGGAGGUGUGCCAGCUGCUUCUAACACAAGGUUUGGAGUCUGUGACAUUCUAUAAACAGAAACUAGACCCAACUGAUGAAAGAAUCUUGGUAAUUUCUCAAAGUGUGGAGGCGUUUGUCUGUUAUCAGCUCAUGUAUAAGAAAUGGUGGAACUACAGUGCUGAAACAUCAGCUUUGACCAAUAACACCUUCAGCAAUGGUCACUGUUUAACAGAGAAGAACCACAGUGAAGUUGAAGCAAACUGUAACGGAGAAGCUCAAACUGAUGUCAUUUUCUCUGAGGGCUUCUGGAAGGUUCUUCUCUCUGAACCUCACGCCAAUCUUCAGGCCACCCAGAGAGCCAUAGCAGAGAUUCAGAGGAGAGUCACUAGCCUCAUUCAACAGCACAACCAGUGUAAAGACUCUCAUGAGAGCUCACAAGCACUUAGUACUUCUCAAUCUGAAACUUCAGAGGAACAUGGAGGAUCUUUGAGUGGGAAAAGCAGUGAAUCUCUCUCUACUCUGACUGCCCAGCUUGCCGAACACCACAAAGCGCUCACUGCUAUUCCUGAGCUUGUCAAAAAAUCCUCAUUUCCAGAUGUCAUGGAAUGUUGUAUCGUCCUGCUGCACAUGGGAAAACAUCUUACUCCAUUUCCACAGCACAUCUGCUCCAAGGCAACAACUUUUUUGCGCAAAUAUGGAAGUACAGAAUCGCUCUGUAAAGCCUGGAAGAGACUGACACAAUAACAGUUAUAGCACUUAAAAGUGUUUUUGAUAUGCAAUUAUUGUUAUUUGAUAUGUAAAAUUCACUUGACUAUUGUAUGUAAUAAAAACAAUCC